AUGAAGAACGUUCGGGGCAUAGGCGUCCCGUCGAUGAAGUUGGUCGCAUCAGCAAUCGCUGCAGUCGGCGGAGGCUGGGAAUACAUCUACCCAUACAACCGCCCUUUCUCCCCCGUUGACCUCAACAUCUCGUACCCCUUUGAGCACCACGAAACCAUCCCAACAUGGCUGCUCAUCCUCGUCGCCCUCGUCGCGCCCGCCGGCAUCAUCUUUGUCGUAUGCAUGGUGUUUGUCCCCGGACCAACAGCCAGCCGCGGAACUCCCAAGGCACUCAUCUGGCGUAGGAAGCUCUGGGAGUGGAAUAUUGGCUGGAUGGGACUCGCCCUGUCGCUCGCGACCGCUUUCAUGAUCACCCAGGGCAUGAAGCUGAUCUUUGGAAAGCCACGACCUGACCUGCUGUCACGCUGCCAGCCGGACCUCACCCGCAUCUCAGAGACGUUGGUCAACCCAGUCGUUGCUGACGUUGUAAACAUGAACUGGGUUCUGGUCACCUCGGAAAUAUGCCAGAACCCUGACCGCAGCAGAGGCGGCGAGCUCAUGGACGGAUUCAAGUCCUUCCCCAGUGGGCAUUCUAGCUUCUCCUGGGCCGGCCUCCUCUACCUCACCCUCUUCCUCGCCUCCAAGUUCUCCGUUGCAAUCCCCUUCCUCCCGCACCGCCCGUACUCGACAAACCCAGCGCACACUUCCGCCGUCGCCCCCUCCAACCUGAAGAAAGCAGCCUCCGUGGCCUUUUCAAAACACGAAUCCAGCCUCUCGUCCCCUGCACACGCAUACGCAGACGACCACGUAGUGCCCAUCCGCUACCAAAACGCCGCUCCUCCCGUCUGGACCCUGCUCCUCAUUCUCGUGCCCAUCGGUUCGGCAAUCUACAUCUGCGCUUCUCGAUUCACGGAUUACCGCCAUUUCGGCUUCGAUAUCCUGUUUGGCAGUCUGAUUGGAAUCACCGCGGCUUGGUUCAGCUUUAGGUUCUACCACUUGCCUAUUAGCCGUGGUGCUGGAUGGGCGUGGGGACCGAGGAGCUACGAUCGCGCAUGGGGCAUUGGUGUUGGACGCGGAAACUAUGUUGGUACUGAGGGAUGGAGUAAAAGUGGACGCAGCGAGACUGAUGGCGGAAUGAAUGGGAGUGGUGCAUUAAUGGAAGAGAGACAAAGGGAGAGCGACGUCACUGCUACACAUGCUGUUUAAGUUUGUUUAAUGUGUUUGGACAGCAUGGCGUUUUUGGCUCUGGGUUGGUAAAAGGUUGGACUAAGCAAGUACAUAUCCCCAAGCGUUUAAAGAAGCAGUUUUAGUUUUGUAUAUCAGAUAUUCAACAUUCACUCA